GUUAUUACCAACAUUACAUAACCCACCCAACCCCCACUUCGUCAACCGCCAUAAACCAGUUCCCCAAGGCCAAUCAAUACCGAUUAGAUUAGCCACCCACUAAAACAUUAAACACCAAAUCGAACUUGACCAUCGCUCCCAGUAAGUAAAACAUCCACACCCAUCGAACACGCAACCUCAAUCCCACAAUGGACACCGACGACAUCGUGCCGUCCAUCCUCCCCGAGGUACCACCCACCAAAAUCACCAUCACCUACCCCAACAACAAACCCGUGGACCUCGGUACCGCCCUCACCCCGCAUGAGGUGCGACUUUCCCCCGAAGUCCAGUGGGAAGCCGACCCUCAGAAGUACUACACCCUCUACAUGUUCGACCCCGACGCGCCCAGUCGAAGCUGCCCGAUUGCGGCCGACGUCAACCAUUGGCUGGUGGGCAACAUCAAGGGCUGCGACUUGAGUACUGGUGACGUCAUCGCGGAGUACCGGGGGGCGGGGCCGCCGAGAGGGACGGGGCCGCACAGGUACGUGUUCUUGGUGUUCGAGCACGAGGAUAGGGUGAGUUUCGGGGGGCAGAUGACCGGGAUGAUGCAGAGGUUGAGGUUCUCGACGAAGAAGUUCCGGGAGAAGUACAAGUUCGAGAAGGUGUUUGCCUGGAAUUAUUUUAAGGCGCAGUGGAGUCGGGAUCCGAAUCAGGAGUCCAAGAUGUGUGUGUGUAUGUGAUGGGGUGGAAGGGUUAUCGAAUUUGGGUGGUUCCUGUGGGAAUUGGGUGAGGAACCACGACAUGUUCAAGUGAUGAUUAUUGUUUUACUAUGUUGUUAAUAAAUGGGUUAAAAACGUGA